GACAAUAUCCCCAAACACCAAAAUGUCAGGCUUCUGAAAAAGGCAACAACUGAAAAGCGGCGAUUCCUAGAAAAUAGAAUCUAGCGAAAACGAAAUUAUGAACCAUGCAACAUAAGGUCACAAUGUGUUUCUCUUUGCGACCUUUAACAUAAACACAACAAAAAGCUGACAGUGAGUAUAUAUUGAGAGGUUUCAAAACCCGAAUCACUAGCUUUUGUGGUUACAGCGACAAUGCGUUUCAGUUGCAUUUUGGGCCUUUUAGCAAUGUGCCUCGUUGCUAAGGCAGCUGAACCGGAUUGCACAAAGAAAUGGCCAGUACUUUGGCCACCUUGUCUUUUUAUUUGCCAACAUGGAAGUUGGGGGCUUCAUUCUUGGCCAAAAUUUACCCUCGAGCAUAAGUCGAACGGAACGUCUUGCAGGAGACAUUUGGGCUUGAGUCGUGGAGUAUGCAUGAAUGGAAGAUGUGUAAAGCCUACGGCUAAUAUGACAUCGUCGCUUCCUGAAUAAACAUGCAUAACAGGGGAAAGCUUUCAAGGAGUUUCUGAGAAGCGGCCCAAGAGACUUUACAUAACUCUUUGCUUAAAAAUCUUUUAUAAGUAUGUUGCACUGUAUACCUAACAGAAACACUAAACCUGUGUUUAAUAUUAAGGUAAUAAAAUAAAGUAUGAAUGGAAAA